UCAGUUGAACUAGUUCGGUCAAUUAAAAAGCAAAUCAAAAUGCGCGUCCUCAUCCUCGUUGCACUGCUCGCCAUGGUGGCUCUGGCCACCGUCGAUGGUCGUCGUCCCGGAGGACCUCCUCAGGGCGGUCAAGGACCUCCGCAGGGCGGUCAGGGUCAAGGACCUCCUCAGGGCGGUCAGGGACCUCCGCAGCGACCACCCCAGGGACCUCCACAGGGACCUCCGCAGGGACCUCCUCAGGGCGGUAACUCAUCGUCCUCCCAGGAGUCAUCCGAGGAGAGCUCCAGCGAGUCAUCCAGCGAGGCAUCCGCCUAGGAUCUAGGAUCACCGAAUCCUUCAACCUAAAAAGCAAAAACGAAAAACUUUUAAAACUCUUUGAAUAAAGAUAUAUAUUCUGUUUAUUUCAAAACAAAA